AUGUCACAAGCAUCAGGCCCAGGUACCAAUGACACCAAGGAUCAGCACACCCACAAUGAGCAGCCUCCCCAGCAAGAUGACACCACAGGACCCAUCAAUGAUGGAACUGCCAUCAGGGAUAACUGCAGCUCAAAUGCUGGACCUUCACGGCUGUCGGGACCUCAGGUACAGGAAAGUGCAUCCAAUGUUCCACUAGUCAGAGGUUUAGCACUAGCAAAUAUCAUGAAGCAAGUCUUGGAUGUUCUUCAGGACUCAACCAUUGUAUUGAAGACUGGCAAGGACGAUCAGUCUCAUUUCUGGUGGUUGUACAAAAGACUUUCAUCAUCGCAAUGGAGUCUAAUCUCAGUCCCGACCCCAGCAAUACCACAAAUGCCCUUUUUAAAGCAAAUUGUGCUGAUCGGACUCGGAAACCUCGCCAAGGCAGGAUCCAUGCCUGCAGACCUGGCAUCUACGUGGUCUCCGACCACACCGUCCUUAUGGAUCAAUAAGAUCGCAUAUGCAAGUCUGUCCAUGAGCUUGCUCGCUGCAUUUGGGGCUGUACUGGGCAAGCGGUGGCUGGGGUACUACAAGUUGGAGAGAUAUGUGUGUGGCUUGGAGGAGGAGCAAGCAAAGUGCAGGCAAAAGAAGUUCAAUGGCCUUGUCAAAUGGCAUUUCGAUGCUAUCCUGCAAUCCUUUCUGGUCCUCCUUCAAAUAUCCCUUCUUCUCUUUGGGAUCGCCCUCGGCGCCAAUAUGUGGUACAAGCAGGCGAGCACCGCUUGGGUCAUUACCGGAACGACAGUCUUUGGAUUUUUGUUUUAUUCCCCGACUGUGAUGGCAUGUUUAAUAUCUCCCACUUGUCCAUUUCAGACACCAAUAUCGAAGAUAUUACAGUUGUGCAUCAAAAAGGUUUUAGACCUGAAGUUCAAACAAGUUUCCAGUUAUUUCCAGCAGCUCAAGAAGUCACUAUACGGUUUUGACCCUUUCAUGACAGAGCUGCCAAACAAAUUGCUUGAUAUCGUCAUAUCAGGAUGGACCCGAUUGUCUGGAGUAUUCAGAGUGCUCAUUCACUCUCCAGGCCCUGCACAUGGGCACUCUUCAACAAAGCCUGGAAAUGAAGAGACACAACAGACACAACCGCUCAGCCAGGGUUUGGCAGGAGGUCAUGGCACCCUUAAACUCGACAUCUCUGACAUGCCCAUCAGCGAUCUCAAUGUGCCUAGUGUCAAGUGGCUGCUCGAGACAUCUACAGAUCCUGAAGUCUUACUCGCCGCUACCAGGCUUGUUCCGGAGGUCGAAUGGCCCCUGGGUCUUGACAUUUCAGACACGCUGCAUCAGCUGUUUCGUAUUUUCGAGAGCUGCAUUGUUCAAAGGUGCAUCGUACCAUCAUUAGAGGAGAAGGCCCGAGCAUGUAGAAUGGCUCUAACUCAUCUAUACCAUGGACGCAUUCUUCAGGCAUAUUCUGACCGUGGCAAAUUUAUUGUCCAUGGGGAAUUUAUUGCCCGUGGGAAACAUGAUGAGGAUGUGUUUGAGGUUUUGGAUGAGGGCUUGCACAUAACCAACAUGAAAAUAUUUCAAACAACCAAGAAUCUUUGUCGUCUAGUGAUAUCACAAUUGCUAUCACCCCCACCCCCAUCAUCUCCGUUGAAACAAAUCGUAGCCAAUUGCGUUAUUCUUGCUUGUGUCAUGAUUGGAGUUCAGGUUGACAAGAAAGACAUAGUUCGGAUUGACAAAAGUUCUGCUCUGCCUCAACUCUGUAUGCCCCUUUUGACGCACUUCCAAGAGGCUCUCGGGGCAUGGGGUGGAGGUAAGGUCAACAUACUACAUGACCAUGAUAAUCCCUUGAGGAUCCAGCCAGAAGGAGAUGACGAAGAUAGCACUGGAGUUGACCCUGAUGGGCUGUGGGAUCUGCAGAUGUUGUUGAAAGGCCAAUCCCACUCCCCCAACAACUUCAACUGGAUGAUGAACUACAUCAACGAUAUCUAUUCCAAUGACCGUGAAACAACAUAUGACAUCCUUUUUUUACUGGGUAUUAUGGGAGUAUGCUGCAGCUCCCCUAAACAACCUCUGUUCAUAGAGAGGCUCAUUAACUGCAUGGACAGUGGGAUGCCUCAUAAAUUACAUAAUACCACUCUUUGCACUGCUCACGGUGCCCGAGAAGAAAUUGCUUCAAUGGAUGCCAUUGAUGAUACAAUGCGGGCCCGCGAUUUGUGCUAUCUCAAACUGGUCUUUGCCCUCGCAAGUAAACCCAACUGGCACCCCCAUUUGUUUAAGGAUGGCCAUAUAAGUCGGUGCUUUGACAUGACUCCAGUGUACUGCAAUACCACCUCCAUGCAUACCAUUUGCAUAGCUGGUAUUCUCCUUCAAAUCACACGUGGACAGAGGUCGCUCGAUUCUGAGCAGUGGCCCAUGAUCCGAAGGGCGUGGGAACAUGCUAGGCAUAUUAAAGUUUUUUUCAAGCCACCCCGCGGCUAUCUCAAGCUCCUUCAUGUCCUUGUGAAUGACACAAAGGAUCGGAUUGCUUUGGAAUCUGAUCUCGAGUGGCUCAUCGGACCUGUGGAUGGGUUGGUCCAAAGGCUGGAACCUGACAUGCAAAAUAAGAGGUCUAUCCAGGAGAUAGAACAGAGCAUAGGAGUAGAGAUGGGAGAGGAGGAAAAGCAGGAUUUAAAGCAGGGAGAGGAGAUAGUCAUUGCUGCGAAAGAAUUGAGAAACAUGCUGGCCCGGGAGAGCUUUGGUCAAUAAUUAUUAGUCCCCUAAUCAGGUUGUGUCAGAAUCCUGGAAUUAUGUGGAAUAGGGUUACGAGUCUAGUGACAAAGAGGAAUUCAUGGGGCAGCGUAUAUACGGAACUGGAAGUGUCAAGUGUCAAGACCUUUAGCGAAAUCAUUAUUGAAUCAUCAGUUGUGUCUGAAUUAGUAGAUGCUGUCAUGCGUGAGGAACAACAGGCAC